GUAUAGCUGAGGUUUUGGUAACAAAAGGGUAAAAUGGGAAAUUAAAAAAGUUUGCAUGAAAAACUCGGAAAUAGAGGACCAUACAAGAAGACGCCUGGCGUGAUGGCUCAACCAUUCAGUACCAAAUGUUCUUCUUCCCAAACCCCAAAAUCACUUUCCUUCCUUAAUUUCUUUCUUUCUUCUUCUUCUUCUUCUUACUUCUUAAUUUUAUUAUUAUUUUAAAAAAAUAGGAAAGUGACAGAUUAGUAUAUAUCAAAAGAAAAAGUUAGAUGCUUUACUAUACUAGCUUGUUUUGAUCUUGGUUUGGAUCAGCUUAUAUAUAAGUUGGUUUUAGUUUUCAGCUAUAGAGAAGAGGUGGCUUUAUAGAAAAUACACAAUAUGGUGAGUAACAAAAAAUCAUGGUCUGCAUGUUGGACCAGGGCAUCAUCAUCAACCCUUUUGUUGCUUAUGAUUCCAUUGGUAGUGAUUUCUGGGUUUGUUUCAGUUUUGGGACCCAAAUCCUCCAACUGGGUUUCCAUGUCCAACUACACUAGAUGGAAUUCAUCAUCAUCAGCAGCAGAAGGAGAUUUAAAGGGUAUUUCUGUAAUUUCAACUCCAAAUGAUGACAAUGGGGUUGUGGGUUUGAGGUCAAACUUGCUGGUGGUAGACAAUGAGAACAACAUAGAAGAAGCUGUUAUUUCAGCUUAUGAGUCUCCACUAAACCGAUCUUCUUCUUCUUCACCACUUAACAUCAUUGAAGUUGAUCUCUCUCAAUCUUCUCAAGAACAUCAGAACAUGACCAAAGAAGAAAGUAGUAGUACCAGUGAUGAAGCAGGUGAUGUUGUCGUUUAUUUGGGAAUGAAUAAUGAAUCUGAUCAAAUUCCUCCUAUUGUAAGAGCCAGACGACAAAGAGUGUACACCAAAUUAGAAAGGCUUGAAGGGUCUCUAAUUAGAGCCCGAUCUGUAAUUAGUGAGGCCAAAAUUGGAAAUCAGACUCAAGAUUCCCAAUAUACCCCUGAUGGUCCAAUGUAUUGGAAUCCCAAAGCUUUCCACAGGAGCUACUUAGAGAUGGAAAGACAAUUCAAGGUGUUUGUUUAUGAAGAAGGAGAGCCUCCAUUGUUUCACAAUGGGCCUUGUAAGAGCAUAUACUCCAUGGAAGGAAACUUCAUCCACGAGCUUGAGAUGAAUAGACAGUUUCGAACAAAAGAUCCCCAAAAAGCACACGUUUUUUUCUUACCUUUUAGCGUUACAAUGUUGGUUCGUUAUGUUUAUGUACGAGACUCCCACGAUUUUAGUCCCAUACGACAAACCGUAAUUGACUAUGUUGAUGUCGUUUCUGGCAAAUACCCGUUUUGGAAUCGUAGCCUUGGUGCUGACCAUUUCAUGCUCUCUUGCCAUGAUUGGGGGCCAGAAGCUUCUUCCUCAGUUCCUAACCUACGCAAGAACUCGAUAAGAGUUUUAUGUAAUGCAAACACCUCCGAAGGUUUCAACCCCACAAAGGAUGUCUCCUUCCCGGAAAUCAACCUACUAACGGGUUUGACCGACGGUUUUCUGGGCGGUCCUUCAGCUUCCAAGCGUCCGAUUCUCGCAUUCUUUGCAGGGGGUGUUCAUGGCCCCAUUAGGCCUAUACUACUAGAGCAUUGGGAGAACAAAGAUGAAGAUAUGAAAAUCCAUCAGUACCUUCCCAAAGGCGUAUCUUACUAUGACAUGUUGAGAAAGAGCAAGUACUGCAUUUGCCCUAGUGGAUACGAGGUUGCUAGUCCAAGGAUAGUUGAGGCCAUCUACACCGGCUGCGUGCCCGUCCUCAUCUCCGACCACUAUGUCCCGCCUUUUAGCGAUGUUAUUAACUGGAAAUCUUUCUCUGUGGAGGUGCCUGUCAGCGAAAUUCAGAACUUGAAGAAAAUUCUAAUGAGCAUUUCUCCUAGGCAAUACAUAAGAAUGCAAAGGAGAGUGAUUAAAGUGAGGAAACACUUCGAGGUGAACUCUCCUCCUAAGAGGUUUGAUGUGUUUCACAUGAUUCUCCAUUCGGUUUGGCUUAGAAGACUCAAUAUUAGAGUCCGCGAAGAUCUGUGAAUGAGAUUAUUUGAUUCAAUUCAAGUGUAGUUGGGUGGUUUAGUAUGGUCUAACAUGAUCAUGAUCAGAUUCUUUCCUUAAUUUGGUAGUCAAAUAGUAAUAGAGAGAUAAUAAUAUAAUAAAUUUAUUAAUAUGCACGUCUCUUUUUCCAGGUUUUGGUGAGUAAUUAGCCUUUUUAAUUAGAUAAUUAAUAAUUCGUAUAAAAAAAUCAUGUUGUAUCUUUUUUUUUUUGUUCUUAUGUUUAUUUGUAUUAUGGUUGUAGUAUUAAUCCAAAUGGAGAAAUUGAUUUUCAAGAA